AUUGUCAAAGAUAGAAAAAUAAAACAAGUGGGGGAAAUAUAAAUCAGUAACAGCGUACGCUGGAAGUUUUGCAGGGUGUAUUUUGGUAUCACAUCUAUUUCGGUAACCCCAUUGUACGCACUCCAACAAUCAGAAUAUAGAAUCGUCCCUUGUUUGAUGACCUUAUAUAUUUUCAACAGAUGUCGCUGAGAUCCUGUAGAUUGAAGUAUAUUCACAGAUACCCAGAAUAUACAACCUUUUGAAAAAUUCUAUCAUUUGCUGGUAGUGAGAAUAUAUCAGAGCAGACUAAAGAACAGAAAGAAAUGGGAUCUAAGAAGAAGAAGAAUCUCCUGCCAUCGCAGAAAAACAAGGAAAAUGAUGUAUGCAAAAGUAGAUCAAAGAAAAGUGCAAUGAGCAUGCCUGAGCAAGAGAACUUUUCAACAGGCAUCCAUAAUAUUUUGCCUAGUACAUCAGGCACUGUACAGGCGUCUAAAAAACGCACCAAGAAACUUCCCAAUGUGAGCAAUUCACAGCUGAAGCCAUACGUUGAUGACUCGACAGAUGAUGAUGAUGAUGAUGAAGAGAUGAUGACUCCAGAACACAAGACACGCCUGAAUGACUCUUCUGCGGAGUUGGUGGAAAAUAUGAUUCCUGACAAUGUACUCAUUUUUUUAUUGGCAAAGAAAGUAUUAACAAGCUAUGAGGUGGACUUAGUUAAGAGUAAAGGAAGCCGUAUGUCUAUGAAUGAAAUGCUCAUUUCUUUGGUGAGGUGCAAGUCAGAUAAGGCAUUUAGUGUACUUGUAGAGACCCUGAAGAAAACUGAGCAAAAACAUUUGGCCAAGUUACUGACAUCUACUGAGAAACGAAAACGGAAACCAGGGGAGAUAAGCGUGCGUGUUGACAUUGAGAACACAACCAGUUCUGACUGUAAAGGAAAAGAAAAGCAAAUGAACUUAGAUGACGAGAUGGAUGAGAUGUAUGACGUAAUUAGGUCAUGGCUAUGCAAGAUCAAACCGCAAGACAACUCUCGUGAAGCUUAUAAGCAGUUUAAAAAACAAUUUGACGGCACAUACAAGCGUAUUAAAAAGUGGCUUAAACUGUGUAAGUUAAGGAAAAAACUGUGCAGCAAAGGCCGGGUACUUACUGACAUCACCAAUGGAAGUAUUCAUCUCUGGUUCCAUUGCUCUACAGUGAAUGGUUUGUUAGAUCUUUGGGAAAUGUACACAAGUGGGAAGCUUCUCCACUUUCUCCAAGAGUCUCUUAUCACACAAGACAUAAAGCAGAAAUUUCACCUGAAGAUGGUGAAGCUAAAAGUGAGAAUAAUUAACGAAGAAUUUCAACAAUGUUAUCAAGAAUUAUCUGGGCGAUCAUUUGAAGGAAACGAGGGUGUCACUGAGGAACAAAAGGCCAUACAGCCACCAGUUUCAGCUAAAGUGGAAAAAAGGAUUCCACGUCAAAAUAUGCCACCAAAAGGUAGAAAGGCAUUGAAGGAAGUGUAA